AUGAAAAUCUUCAAGAAAUUGGAGAUUAAUAUACCCUUCUCUAAGGCUUUGCAACAAAUGCCUUCAUAUUCUAAAUUUUUGAAGGAGCUCCUCACAAAGAAAAGGAAGUACAUUGAAGAAGAAACCAUUGAAGUUCAAGGAAAUUGCAGUGCUAUCAUACAAAAACUCUUACCUCCCAAGUUUAAAGAUCCAGGAAGCUUCACUAUUCCUUGCACUAUAGGGAAUAUAUCUGUUGGGAAAGCACUUAUUGAUCUGGGAGCCAAUAUUAAUCUCAUGCCGCUUUCCAUGUUUGAAAAGGUUGAAGGGUUGGAACUCAAGCCUACUUGGAUGACUCUUCAACUUGUAGACACAUCUUUGAAAUAUCCUUAUAGGUUAGCUGAAGAUGUGCUUGUGAAGACAGUAAGAGUUUUGAUUGAUGUGGAAAAUGGCAAACUGAAGGUGAGAGUACAGGAUGAAGAAGUAAAUUUUGAUGUCUUUAAAGCCAUGUCUCACCCAAAAGAUGAUAAUGAAUGUUUUCAUCUUGAUUCACUUGAUGAAAUUUGCAUGAUACAAGAAAACAACGCAAGUAAUACUCUUUCUUUGGAGGAGAUACUAGUUGACACUUGUGAAGAGUUAAAUGAAAAAGAAGAGGAACUAAUGGAUGAGUGCUUGACUGAUUUGGAAGAAUUACAAAAGGUUCCUUUGCAAAACAUAGAAGAAAAAGUCAAAGGAAGCAAAGUGGAGUUGAAGAUGCUACCGCCACACUUGAAGUAUGCGUUUCUAGAAGAAGGAGGAAACAAACCAGUUAUCAUCAGCAACUCUCUCUCUCCCAAAGAAGAAGAAAAGUUGGUAGAAAUACUCAAAGCCAACAAAGGAGCUAUUGGAUGGUCAAUCUCAGAUCUCAAAGGCAUAAGUCCAACAUAUUACAUGCACAAAAUAUUUAUGGAAGAUGACUGCAAACCAGUUGCUCAACCACAGAGAAGGUUAAAUCCAGUGAUGAAGAAGGAGGCAAUCUUUGCAGAAUUGAUAGAAAAAUGCAUUGAAGUUUUUAUGGAUGAUUUUUCAGUGUUUGGCAGUUCCUUCCAUGAGUGUUUAUCUAACCUGGAUGUUGUACUUAAAAGAUGCACCCAAUCCAAUCUUGUUCUUAAUUGGGAAAAAUGUCACUUUAUGGUAAAUGAAGGCAUUGUUUUGGGUCAUAAAAUUUCUUCCAAGGGAAUUGAGGUUGACAGAGCCAAAGUGGAGGUUAUUGAAAAACUUCCACCACCAACCAAUGUGAAGGGAAUCAGAAGCUUUUUGGGUCAUGUUGGUUUUUAUAGAAGAUUCAUCAAAGACUUUUCAAAGAUUGCCAAACCACUGAGCAACCUCCUUGUUAAAGACGCACAAUUUGUGAUGGAUGAUGAGUGCCUUAAGGCAUUUGAUGUCUUGAGGAAAAAGUUGAUUUCUGCCUCAGUAAUUGUAUCUCCUGAUUGGAACCAAGAUUUUGAGCUGAUGUGUGAUGCCAUCAAUUAUGCUAUAGGAGCUGUUCUUGGCCAAAGAAGAGAGAAGCCGGAUUCUAAGCCGCGGUUGAUUAGAUGGGUACUUCUGCUACAAGAGUUUGAUGUGGAAAUCCGUGACAAGAAGGGAAGUAAAAAUGUAAUUGCGAAUCACUUAUCUCGGUUGGUUAACAAUGAAGUUACAAGAAAGGAAGAAGAAAUCUGGGAAUCCUUCUCGGAUGAAACACUUAUGUAUAUUCAACAAAGACCGUGGUUUGCUGAUAUGGCCAAUUUCAAAGCUGUAGGAGUAAUCCCAUAA